CACGGUGUGUAAAUCAAAUUACCUGAUCAUAAAUGCGUUUUUCGUCGUAGGCCGUACUGGUUAAUCGGUGCUGGAACGACCGCACGCCCCAGGAUAGUAACGUUCGGAACGAUGCGCAAACGGCAAAUCGAUACACUGAAGAUAUUCAAUCACAAUGUACAGGAGGUGAAAGAAAAUGAAGAAUAUUUGGUUAACUUUGACUGUGGUGGACGUGAGAUCGCCAUCAACAUUCUGCUCGGCAGCAGUUUCCCGAACGAAAAGCCAAAGCUAAUCGUGAGUCCGAUUCUUCGCCAUCCGUGGGUGAAUGCAGCGACAGGGGUGAUUGAAAACGCACCCGGAAUACUGAACUACACAAUUCAUUCCGAUCUCGGAAGGAUCGUGCAAGCAGUUGGCAGGGAGUUUGAGAAACAUCCCCCAAAGUUCGUCAAUGAACCAACAACAUCCGCAACACCGCAACAUCAUGCUGCUCCACCAACGCAUCAGACUACUCGAAACGGAAACGUCCAAGACUUCGGUACCGACAACCGUAAAGCACUUCUAUCCCCAUCACACCACGAACCGGAUCAGUUUGGGUUGCGAAAUCUCACCACUGACGAGCUAAACCGAUUAAACACGGAUGAAGACUAUCUGGAAGAAUUUAUUACCAAGCUCCCAUUCGUGCAGCAUCAAAACGACGAAAUGGAUCAACUACUGGCCGGGAUAGAGUCGCUUGCGGUCGUUAAUCUUGCCCGCAAAGAAAUGGUCGAGGAGCGCAAAUCGAAGGUGGAAUCGCUAGCGCUCGAGUUCAAGGAACUGGGUCAGCAGUGGGAGACCAUGAAUCAGCGCUACCAACGUAAGGCGGAAGAUUUUUCCCCCCAGCACAUCAAGGAACUCCUACAGAUUGCCGUCUCGACUGCGGACAGCAAAAGUGAUGACGAGGCACAACGUUUCCUGGCCGGCCAAAGUGAUGUAGGCACGUUUCUGCAAAACUUUAUCGAAUCCCGCAAACUGUACACGAUGCGCAAAGCCAAAGAGGACCGUUUGGUGCAGCAAUUGAACGCGCUGGAGCGUGCCGCUUUCUGA